AUGUCGAUGGAACAGUUGAUGGCCCUUGUGCCUCUUGAGGCAGCCCUAACCCACAAAGAAAAGGGUAGAAAAUCCCGAUGGGAGAAAUCUAAAAAGAGCGCGGAUGGAAGCAGAUGGGGAUCGGAAAAUGACAAGCCUUUUCUUCCUCCUCCCUUCGUGGACCUGCCCAUUGGGAUGACUCCUCUCCAAGUUGAUCGCUUCCUAAGAGAACAGCGGAUUGACGAACUCUACAGGAAGCUCAAUGCCGGAAUACUGGAGUUCUUCGAUGCCGAUAUCAGGCCGCCCUCUCCCCCCCCUAUAUACGACAAGAACGGAGGAAGGGUGAACACUAGAGACGUCAGAGUGAGGACUGCAAUGCAAAACGAAGUCCAAAGAUUAUGCGAGUUCAUGGUCAACAAUCUUGAGGGGUUUACCCCACCUUCGGACUUCCGACCCGCAAAAAAAAUAAGAAGAAUCGAGUUUCCCCAUGAAAAGUACCCCGACUACAACUUUAUGGGUAUCAUUAUCGGGCCCAGGGGCUGCAACCACAAGCGGCUCGAGGCCGAGAGUGGGUGCACCAUUUCCGUCAGAGGCAGAGGCACCCAGAAAGAAGGGAAGAGGGAUCACCAGACGGAUGAAGAGGCUUCCAUGCCGAUGCACGUUCACAUCAUAGGGGACACAGAUGAAGCAGUUGAGCGCGCGGUUGCUCUGAUAGAGCCCCUCUUGGACCCCCUCCAUCCAGCACACGAGGAGUUUAAGCGGCGGGGUCUCGAGCAGCUUGCUUUAGUUAAUGGUGUCAACUACAGUGACUUGGAUCAGAGGAGAUGCGCCAUUUGCCAGGCUUUGGGACAUUCGGCACAUGAAUGCCCGGAUAACCAAGACCUGCAGCCAUUCAAGAAGCCUCAGGUGCGCUGCGCCAUCUGUGGGGACUUGGGUCACGUUACGAUGGACUGCAAAAUGAGACGGCCUGAUGGCUCGGGGGCCCCUGGGGGCCCCCCAGGUGGCUGCCCCCCCCCUCCACCUCCUAUAGGUGGUAGGCAGAGACCUCCACAUCGGAGCGGCGCAGACUAUCACAAGAUGGACAUGGAGUAUAGGAGAAUGAUGGAUGAACUAACAGGCGAAAAGUCGGAUCUUGGGGCUUUGGACGCGCCAAGACCCCCUCCGGGCCCAGGAGGCCCUCAGCGCACCCCCGUGGGAGCCUCUCCUGCUUCUCAGAUGUAUACGCCACCCCCUGGCAUGUCUCCUGCCGGCGCAGAUGGCUAUCCACCCUCCCCGUAUGCUGGGCGGCCCCCUCCUCCUCCCGCAGUUGUAGGAUCAGGGAGAAUGGGGGGGCCCUCCAACAUGAUGCCAGUUGGCCCCGGAGGUGCUGCCCGUGGACCGUGGGGGGGGCCUGCAGGGGGCGCUAUGCCAAUGGGCGGUGGCAUGCCCUGGGCAGGAAAUCACAUGAGGCCCCCUAUGAUGCCAAUGGGUGCCCCUCCGGUCGGCAUGCCGUGGCCCAUGCAGCCCAUGAUGCCCUUUCCUCCGGCGCAACAACAUUUCGGUGGCGAUGGCGGAAUGUCAAUGAUGGGCAUGUGGGGAGGACCCAUGGCCCCCUCGAUGGGAUAUACUCCGACGUCAAAUGGCGGCCAGUGGCAGCAGCAGAUGCCCCAGGGUACUGGAGUUCCUAUGGGCAAUCAUCAGAGUGCCCCGGGAGUCCCUCCUGGGGGCCCCCCAGGAGGCCCAAUGCCGCCUUCUAUUCCUCCACCUUCCGCUCCAUCGAUGCCCCCACCGCCGAUGCCUGCCGGCAGUGCCAGCGCCGACCCUGACAGCAUGGAAUUUGGAGACUGA